AUGGCUGCGGACACAGGACACAGGUUGUUGAUCCGUUGCCCUGUAGUGGCUUUCUUUGUUGUUGUGCUCUCUUUGAGCACCUUGAGAAUCUCUCACGCCAUCAGAUACGGACAAAAACCUGCAACACUUCAUUUUGGGGAAGAUUUUGGGAAUGUCGACUUGACUCGAAGCCCUUUUCUAAUUGAUGUCACCGACUUCGCAGAUCGCACUUUGGUUGAGGAAGUGGAAGGCUUAGGAAGUCAUGCCAGAGACGCCCCAUUUGGGAACAGAGUGAAGCGACAAGCAGAUGGGACUCCGGCAGCGCAAUCAGGGAUAAAUGUCACCAAGUUCCAACUGAAUGACAGCCACACCCAGCUGAUAGUGCACUGGGCUGGGGAAGGCAGUAAUGUAAUCCUAGCCCUCGCCAGGUAUAACAGUGAUGGGGGAACCAGCAGUCUGUUUGUCUCUCAGGACUAUGGUCACACGUUUCAAAAUAUGCAAACGGAGCUUGGGAAUGUGUCCUUCCAUCGCUACUAUAACAGUCCCAUAUACAACAGCCAUUAUGUCUUCACGGAUAUCCAAGCUAACCGCAUUUAUACAUCAAGAAAUUUUGGACUUAAAUUCUUAUCUUACCAACUCAGUUUUAAACCAAGGACGGUGGCUUUACAUUCAACAAACCCAAACAUUAUCCUGGCUAUGGACGACAUGAGUUCUGAAAAAAAGUUGUAUAUAUCUCAUGAUUUUGGUGCAAACUGGAGAGUUAUGCAGUCUUCUGUAAAAUCGUUUUUCUGGGGUGUUGAACCGUGGGAUGGGCCAAACACACUGUAUAUAGAGCGAGAAGAGUGGACCAACAACAACAUCGUUCUGAAAAGCACAAAUUUCUUCCAAACCAGUAGAGUUCUUAUCCGAGGAGUUGUCGACUUUGAGGUCCGCGACAACUAUAUGUUUGCCACAAAGAGAGUGCACCUGUUUGGCUCCAGAGGUAUCUCCUUACAGUUGUGGGUGUCCAGAAACAGGAGAAUGUUCCAGAGGGCUGUCUUCCCAGGAGCCUUACAAGAACUGGACUACUAUGUAGCCGAUGCAUCAGAGGACCAAGUGUUUGUGUGUGUCAAUCAUAACCACACUUCCUCCCAUUUGUACAUCUCAGACCAGGAAGGACUCCGCUACUCUCUGUCACUCACAGACGUCAUAUACUUCAACCCCAAUGGCUCCAAUAAUGACACUUGGCUGCGAUUGUAUAAGGAUGAGUCUUUUGCUGACAUUCACAAAGUGGACGGCCUGCGAGGUGUAUAUAUCGCUUCUCAGCUGAGGAACCAUUCGUUGAGCCUUGAGAACCAGGUCAGCUACAUUACCUUUGACAAAGGUGGUUUGUGGCAGCCUCUAUUGGCCCCGCAGAAGGACUCGGAGGGAAACCCAACUAACUGUGAUCAGCCCCUUGGGUAUAAGAAGUAUAAGCAUGGGUUAUUGAAGUCCAAACAAUGCAGCCUUCACCUAAGUCAGGAGUUCAGUAAGCUUUACCCAGGCAGUAAGACGGUACCCAUCCUGUCUAAGAAAUCCGCCCCAGGACUCAUCCUGGCCUCUGGUACCAUGGGGAAGAAUUUGAAGCGGCGACCUAAUGUUUACUUGUCAAGGGAUGCAGGGCUUCGCUGGAGGGAGAUCCAAAAAGGAAACUACUUCUAUGCCUUUGGUGAUUUUGGGGGAGUGAUUGUUGCUGUAUCACAGUUUAGUUUAACAAACGAAAUUUUGUACUCCAAGGACAUCGGUGAGACAUGGCAUACAUACCAGUUUGCCCCACAUAAGAUCCGUGUGUAUGGCCUGUUGACAGAACCAGGGGAGAAGACAACAGUUUUCUCAAUAUUUGGUUCACAUACUGGUGCUCACAACUGGUUGAUUCUACAGGUGAAUGUAUCCAGUAUAUUUGCUACAAAGUGUAACCCAGAUGAUGAUUACAAGGAGUGGUCACUGUCAGACGACCAACACUUCAGUGGCUGUUUGCUGGGCAGAAAGACUGUGUUUAAGCGCCGCACGCCUCAUGCCAACUGCUACAGUGGCCCUGACUUUCAGCAGGUGACAGAAACGAGAAAUUGUUCUUGCACCAGGCAAGACUAUGAGUGUGACCUUGGUUUUAUGGAGGAGAGCCCAUUGUACACGAGUACUGGUUGUGUGCCUGACCCAGAUGCAAACCUGACGACUAUCCAUGAACAACCAGCUAACUGCCCGCCAGGCACCUUCUACCGAUAUACUAAAGGGUAUCGUCGGGUAGCUGGGGAUACAUGCCAUGGAGGACAGGAGUACCGAUAUGAGGCCCUAAUGUACUCCUGUCCGGUUGAAGAAAAGUCAGAGUUCCUGCUGUACAGUAAUCGUCACCAGAUCCACCGUGUGGAACUUGGUGGUGAGAUGAGAGACACUGUGCUGGUGGAGCGUUUCCUGCAGAAUGCCGUGGCGUUGGACUUUGACUAUAAGGAAAAACUGUCUCUUCUGGGCAGACAUCUCUAUGGACGUUAUCAAACGCGUCUGCCUGAGGAAUGAGACCCAGCUGACAACUAUUGUACAAAACCAUCUGGACACUGUUGAGGGCCUGGCCUAUGAUUGGAUGGGAGGCAAUCUGUACUGGGUGGAUGCAGCACUGAAGAAGAUUGAAGUGGCAAGGAAGGAUGGCAGGUUCCGCCUAGUUCUCAUAAAUGGAACGCAAUAUUUGGAUAAGCCACGGGCCAUUGCCCUUGAUCCUCAGAACGGAUACAUGUACUGGACAGACUGGUCAACGACUAACCCUCGUAUCAUGAAAGCC